AUGACCUCGAAUACUCUGCAGCCCGAGUCCGCCAACGGCCAAAGCCACAACCGAGAAGCAGGCGAGUACAACGGCGACCACGACUUCGUAAGCGGCGAAAGCGAUUCAGAUGGCCUGCACGAACAGCUGGAAGUCGUCUUCGACAGAAACGAUUCCCAAAGACGACGAGCAUCUCUCCGACCAUCCAUAGACCGACCGAGUCGUCCUUCCUCACAACGACAACGAACAAGCUGUUUCGUCCAUUCCUUGCUUGAGACACAGAGUAAGAAUGGCCAAUGGACACCUAGUCAUGAAGGACAAGCAGUGAGCCGAACGGCGGAUAAAGAUACACCCACACCGCACGAUCAGAAUGGGGAGACGAGACAUAUGCAGUCCCGACUGCUGACGAAGAAACAGUUGAGCGACAUGGCGUUUGGGAUACGAGAGUUGUCGAAGAAGCUGGGGCAUGUGCGGUUAUUACUCAAGAUCCGGAAUGUCUUCCUCCUCACCAAGGCGCAUGAUCAGAAAUUGAUUGGCCAUACGAGGGAUGUGGUGGAAUGGUUACUACGGCAAAAGAAUGCCGAGGGGCAGACGUACACUGUGUGGGUGGAGGAGACGAUGAAGGAGAAUCAGACUUUCGAUGCCAAGGGGAUCAUCGAACAGGAUGAGAGUUAUAGGGAUAGGCUGAAAUACUGGACCAAUGAGCUUUGCAGGAGGAAACCUCAUACGUUUGAGAUAUGUCUUGCUCUCGGAGGAGACGGGACGGUGUUGUACUCCUCCUGGCUUUUUCAACGAGUCGUCCCGCCGGUUAUGUCCUUUGCUCUUGGCUCACUGGGAUUUCUGACCAAGUUCGAUUUCGAUAAAUAUCCUUCUAUUCUCGAACGAGCCUUUCGAGAUGGGGUGACGGUUUCGUUGAGAUUACGCUUCGAGGCAACGAUUAUGAGAUGUCAGUGUAAAGAGGAUGGGGAAGCGAAGAAAGCGCGGGAUUUGGUGGAGGAGAUUAUAGGCGAGGACAGCGACGAUGUGACUACCCAUGCUCCGGCAGGAUCUCACAAUAUACUAAAUGAUAUCGUGCUCGACCGCGGCCCCAAUCCGACGAUGAGUUCCAUCGAAGUUUUCGGAGACGAAGAGCAUUUCACGACUGUGCAAGCGGAUGGUGUUUGUGUCGCCACACCCACAGGUAGCACGGCGUACAAUCUUGCGGCGGGAGGGAGUCUGUGUCAUCCGGAUAAUCCUGUCAUACUCGUUACGGCUAUAGCGCCACAUACACUCAGCUUCCGACCGAUCAUCCUACCCGAUACUAUCGUUCUUCGACUCGGCGUUCCCUACGAUGCGCGGGCGAGCUGUUGGGCGAGUUUUGAUGGGAAGGAGAGGUGUGAGCUUAAACCAGGCGACUAUGUCACUAUUUCAGCUAGUCGUUUCCCGUUCCCGAGUGUACUGCCAUUGGAUAGGAAAAGCGAGGACUGGGUUGAUAGUAUUUCGAGGACGCUGAACUGGAACAAUCGACAGCGGCAGAAGGCUUUUGAUGAUAAGAAGGGUGGAACGAAGUAG